CUCAAGCGUCACGCUACAGUUUCACACCAAAACAGAUUUGUAGCAUACACCAGUUGUUCAGAUGUAUUCUUCAAGCAGCGGAAAGAACGAGGGCUCGGAUUCCGACAAGAUGACCAGCAGACUCGACAUCGAUUUUGUAAAAUCACUACCACCUAAGCCAAACCUCUCUAGAAAAGUAUGCCUAGAAAAUUCAAAAAGCUUGCAGAACUUCUUAUUACUUUCCCGAGCUGCGACAGAUGACAACCUAAGAUCGGAUUUGAACAGUAUCCUGAACCGCAAUGAAGUGAAUAAAACUUCGAUUUUCAAAUUUUCUAGAUCGGAAAACGAAAACGAGUCACCAUGUAUCCGAUUUCUUCAACAAGUGAUUUAUCCAGAAUGGAAAAAACGCGUGGAUAUUAUCAAGUUUUGCCAAGGGGAAAUUGAUGAAAUUCUGGCAGGAAAUACAGUCAUGGAUGAUGGUGGAUUCAGCAAGCUCAGUGCGGAGGAGAAAAAUAACAUUUUAAGGAUCGAUCCUUACACAUACAAGGAUUUGGAGCAGAAAUUUCUCAGAGCCAACGCAAAGAACAUCGAACUCAAGAACUUUUACGAUAACGAGAACAAAGUGGAGACCAUAAUCAGCCGUAGAUCGGUCCAACUAAUGAACGAUAUUUGCCAACUUGGCUCCUUUGAUGUGGCAGGUAACUUUCUCAAGUAUGCAUCUACCUCAACUAAGGGCAACUAAUCAAAAUACUAAUUAAUUCUUAUACAUACAACCCCUGACGAUUAAUAUAUAAUAUAUAGACUCAAAUUCCUGUCAUUUAGUUAACAAAUAUAAAAGACUUGUUAUGCG